AUGGCUCCCCUGAUUGAACUCGACGCCACAGUGGCAGACCUGUACCGUACCCACGGCAUCACAGGACCCUUCAUCACGUCAACACACUGCUCCUUCGCCCACCUAGAUCUCCAUCCCUUCUGGACCCGAGAGAUGGUCUUCCCGGAAGAUGAAGAGCCUAUCCCAUACAGCGCCGACGAACAAGAGAGGAACCGCGUCAGGAAGAUCAUUUUAGGGCUCAAGCCGGUAAGGCGGGCCCUCGUCCUCGGAGACAUGCACGUCCUAUUUCUCAGCCCGUGCGCGGCGAAAGAAAACGUUGAUCGCAUAUUCAACCAGUUGAUCCCCGAGCAGCGGCCGCGGGCUCGGUAUGUCGACCUCGACCAAGGGGACGUCGACCAACAGCUUCACUGGCUCAGCCAGGGCAGGACGUUGAUCUACUGGCGUCCUCAAGGCUGGAUGCUGGAGCACAGUUGCCUCGUGCCCCCUCGCGUGGCCUACGAACUCAACUCGAAGCUCUACCUCGUAAACUCGGGAAUCCGCACCCCGGCCUCAGAACCGAUUCAACUUGCCCCGAACGUCGCCGACUCCGUCCUCGGCACGCGCAAGCUCCCCUUUGUGGUGAAGCUCUUCCUCGCAGGCUGUGGCUUCGGCACUCACCUGGUCACCAGCGAGGCGCGCCGCCAAAGCAUGCUCGCAGCCAUGGCCGAGUAUCAAUCCCGCGGCGGUACCCACGUCCUGCUGUCCGAGUACAUCCGCGCCAAGCAAUGCGAUCUGAGCGCGCAUUUCGUCAUCGGUGCCCCCUCGGAUACGCACAACAGAGACAACCCGCUCAUCAUGGGAGUUGCGAUGCAGAGCCUCACCAACGACGGGCACUGGACGGGCAGUAGCAUCGACUACGGCGCACAGGACGAGCUGCGCGACCUCCUGCGCGACACGAUCCGCGACACGACGCGACGCCUGCCCGAGUCCUUCGUCGGCUGGUGUGGCGUUGACGUCCUCAUCGACGAACAGGACGAUCAGUGGGUCGUCGACUUGAACGCCCGGUUCACGGGGUCCAUCGCGCUGUGCCUGCUGUCCUCGCACUUCUAUAAGCGGCUCGGCUUUCGAUUUGCCGAGGCUGGCUCGUUCCAGUACCGUGGCGAAUGCGGCGACGUGAGUGAGAUUCUGUCCCGCGACAUCGAGACCGGCAAGGUCGUUAUGAAUGCAGUGGCGAGCAUCGACGACGGGGUGAACAUGGUGGAUCUCAUAUGGGGAGGGCAUAGCCGGCAGGAUAUAGCUUCGACCGCUGAUCUGCUGAGGGCGGAGCUUUCGCGUGAACGCCGGUCGGUCGAAGAGGCUUGA